UUACUUUUAGAAUAACAAAGGAUCCUGGAAAAGUUGGAGAAGAUAAAGUACAUCCAGUAUCCAGAUUAGGAGAUUGACAGACCAGGAAAUGCACAAUUUUGAGGAGGAGUUAACAUGUCCCAUCUGUUACAGCAUCUUUGAAGAUCCCCGUGUACUACCAUGCUCUCAUACAUUUUGUAGAAACUGUUUGGAAAAUGUUCUUCAGGCAUCUGGUAACUUUUACAUAUGGAGGCCUCUGCGAAUUCCACUCAAGUGUCCUAACUGCAGAAGUAUUAUUGAAAUUGCUUCUACUGGCAUAGAAUCCUUACCUGUAAACUUUGCAUUACGAGCAAUUAUUGAAAAGUACCAGCAAGAAGACCACCCAGAUGUUGUCACCUGCCCUGAACACUACAGGCAACCAUUAAAUGUUUAUUGUCUACUAGAUAAGAAAUUAGUUUGUGGCCAUUGUCUUACUAUAGGCCAACAUCAUGGCCAUCCUAUAGAUGACCUUCAAAGUGCCUAUCUGAAAGAAAAGGAUACACCUCAGAAGUUGUUGAAACAGUUAACUGACACACACUGGACAGAUAUCACUCGCCUUAUUGAAAAGCUUGAAGAACAGAAAUGUCAUUNUGAGAAAAUAGUUCAAGGUGAUAAGGAAGUUGUUCUCCAGUAUUUUAAGGAGCUUACUGAUACAUUAGAACAGAAAAAAAAGUAUUUUUUGGCAGCUCUUUGUGAUGUUGGCAAAAUGAUUAAUCAAGAAUACACUCCACAGAUUCAAGGAAUGAAGGAGAUAAGGGAACAACAACUUGAGUUAAUGACAAUAACGACAUCUUUACAAGAUGAGUCUCCACUUAAAUUUCUGGAAAAAAUUGAUGAAGUCCGCCAACGUGUGCAGAUGUUGAAACAGAGACCACUUCCUGAGGUGCUGCCUGUUGAAAUUUAUCCUCGAGUAAGCAGUGUAUUAAAAGAAGAGUGGAGCAGAAUAGAAAUUGGACGUAUUAAGAAAGCCGUUAUUCCUGAAAUGAGAGUUUCUUCAAAAAGAACGCCAUGUUCCUGGUCUGAUAAUGAUGAAAAAGAAAUGGAACUUUUUAAAAUUUUAAACAUUGCUAUAGUUUCACUCAUUUCAGUGAUACUAAUGUUGAUACUCCUUUUCAACCAUCACAUAAUAACAUUCUUAAAUGAAAUCACUUCAAUAUGUUUCUCUGAAGUCUUUCUCUCUGUUUACCAGAGUUUAUCUAAGAACUUAUAUGACUUAAACAAUACAGUGUGCUACACUUUAUAUUUGUUAAAGGAAUUUAUGUGGAAAAUAGUUUCUCGUUGAAAACCUAGAAUUUCCAGUUUUAUGUGGGCUUCUGUAUAGCAGAGGCNAAGCAUUGAUUGCUAGAUGGAAAGUCUGUGGCUGUUACAGAGAAAUACGAUAAACUUCCCAUGCUUGGCUACAAAUGCUGUCAGAAAUGAGACAUUAUCUGAAAGAAGACUAAAAUCAAAUUAGAAAAUGACAACUUUUGGGUUGAAUAUUAAUACCUUACCCUGUUUUUAUUGGCUUGCUAGUCAAUGUUUUAUUCUGAUUAAUAGGUCUUUUUCUUUAACUGUUACAUGUUAUAGUGGCUAACUUGGCAGCUCUUUGUAUAUGUAGAUAUAAGAUUUUUAAACAAAUGACAAGAUCCUUGAGGUCCACAAGCCUAUUUUGAUGAUUUGAAGCUUUUCAAUGCACAGAUGGAGAGGAUAUAUAAGUUGUUUCAAAAAUCCAGGCCAGGAUUGUUUAAACAUUUUUUGGGGUCAAGGCUAUUCAUAGGUUUANGAGCAGUCAUCCCAAGUAGCACUGCUUGCUGCUUGUGGAUAGUACACUUGAGUUUAAUUCAUCCUUAUCAGUGAGGUCUCAGAACCCAUCAAAAAGUGUCUGCACUGCUGGCUUCAGCACCACAAAGCAACCAAGUACAUAUUUUGAUUUUGUAGUAUUCUAGCCUUGUUUUUAUAUGAAAACUAUACGAAACAUGUACAUUAGGACAAUCAUGUUUAUGUGACUCAUCUAAUAGAUUAUGAUGUAAAACUAUAUUCAUCUUAAAAUGGUCUCACCCUGUAGCUCGAGUACUGGGAUUACAAGUAUGAGCUGAUGCUGUACNUGUUUAGUUUUAAAAGAGGUCAUUAAGUCAGAACCUUUAAUUUUGCUCACUUGAUAUGGCCUACCAUGAUGCAUGUGGUAGAACUUUCUUUUGGUUCACAGCCAUUGAAAUCUCCCAACACAAUGUUUUCCAGAAACCCUAUGAGGUGCUCUUGAAUGGAGACCUUAUUUCAAAUAAAAGCUGUGUUUCUUAAGGUCAGAACACUGCUGACAAGUUUUAUCACUAAGGUCCACUGAUCAGACUCAAAAUCUAGGCAUGGUAACAAAAUGAGGCCAUUUUGAAGAUGUAAUGAAGGUGAGGGGAAAUUAUGUAAAUAUUAGCAAGCGAAGAACAUUGGAACAUUUUUCAAGGGGUUAUUAGCUUCUUUGUAGAGAUGAGGAAACAAACUAAGUGCCAGUGUUAGCAGGUGGGAAAGCUCAUUCUAUUAUGCUUUAAAAAAAACUUGAGUAGCCUGAUCUAUGUAAUUAACUGAAACUUCUAUUUUAGUAUGCCCAGUAUUACAUUGUAGGCUUGAUGAUUUUGAGUACACAAUUAUCUUUGUGUUCUGAUAUACUGUUUUAUAUCUUUGCCAAGAGGCUGAGUUUGUACAACUUAAAAGUUUAGAAAUUCUGGGUUUUAUGUAUAACAGUACAUUUUAAUAAACGAUAUUUUAUUGAAGUCUUA